AUGAGCAGCUCGAAAGAAAAAAACGACGAUCACCCUUACGGCUACGACAAAGGUAAUCCCGUGGUCGACGAGGAACACGAGUGCUGGGCCAGCGACAGUGGUUCCAGUUCUGGGUCCUACUACUCAAACAGUUCCGGUUCAGCCAUCGAGUGGGAGUCGGAGGUGAGCGCCGCGGGCGAGGUGUUUCACAUAGAAUCGAUAAUCGAGUCCUCGGGCAACGGCCAGAGCGACAGCAAAGCAACAACGACCGAUGAUGCCAGCAACCUGCAGCUGAACGACUCGGCCGGGUGUGAACUGACGCGUCGCCGGAGCACGAGAGCAGGAAAACUCCUGCGGCUGAUCAAGCGCAAGGAAAGCUACAGGCACAGCGUCAGGCUGAGCGGUUUGGCCUCGGAGCUCAAACGGAACCACGAGUCCAUCAGUAAAAUCAACCGGGAGAGACAGUCGGCGGCGCCGGACGACUUCAGCGGGGGUGAAAAGUACGCGGUGAGCGUUUGGGUGGAUCCGGAGAAGCGGCACAAGCUCGGGAGGCGCGCGACCAUUUGCGAGGCUUAUUUGGGGAUCGUUCCGAGGAUAGGCUCGGACAAGUCGAAGGUGCUCGUCGCGGGCUUCGUGCCAGACGGCGAGGCCCUCAAGGACAUCAGAGCUGGGGACUGGCUGCAGUCUGUUAAUUCCAAGGAAGUCAAUUGCCACACCCUGGACGCGGUGCUUUCGGCGUUUGUUGCUCCGACGAGUGUGAUUUGCCAGUUUCAGAGGAACGGUUGCGAAGGGAAUUACAAAAGUUUGUCGCCUACCGUCAGAUGUCCAAACCAAUCGUUGCUGGCGAGAAAACUAGUUGAUAAGGAGGAAAGUAAAAUUCUGAUGGAUUCGCUGAUCAAAGAGCCCCUGGGCGUCAUUUGCGUCAAAGUGUCGGAGUUUUCGGAAGGUGAAUCGGACAUGCAGGGUGUGGUGUAUUCCUUUCCCAAAUCUAAAAUUAGGGGCGCGCAAUCUUUUCUCUCGCUUACGAAAGGGGCGUACAUAACUUUGAAUCAUUUGUUACCGGAAAUCAUUGGGCCUCAGCCCGUUAGUACAACUGUUAAAACUCCGAGUGGAUUGGCACACGUUAUUUACUUUCUUCACAAAGAAGAUUUACUUCUUUUAUCCUUCCCGGAAAAAUGUUGCAGUAAAGAAGAAGCCAUAGAACUUGCCGCAGACGUAGUUUGCUGCUUAAAUUUUACCAAUGAAAACAUUUCGACGUGUUUUGCGGGCGAAGAAAACCACUUCCAUUUGGAUCACUUUUUUUACCUCUUGUUUUCGCGUCUUUGCAAAAACAAAACGGCGGCUAAUAAACUUAAUUUGGAAAGUAUAAAAAGUAGUACGAAUACUGAUGAGAUAAAGCAGUGUGAUUUUAGUUUUUUACUACCGGCUGUUGAAUCGGUGAAUUUACCAAGGGACGCUCAAAUACAAAUUGACGCAGCUCUGAGCGAAAUGGAAGCCAUGGAUUACAGAGACUGGAAUAAAGAUCCACUAGAGUGCCAGAGAUUAUACACGAUUUUAGGAAGCUGUUUGUAUCACAGAAGAUAUUUACUUGGAUCUCAUUUGCCAACCGAAGAUUUAACACAAGUGCAUUCAUUUUUAAGAAGACACGGUUUAAUUAACUUGAUGAACAGCGAACAAGUUAAAUCUCUAGUGUUGUGGAAAAGAAUAUACCCUGCAUCGUGUGUAAAUAGAAAAUUACUGUGGGAAGAAGAAAACGUUUAUCCAUUGACAGACAAGUGGUUUUUGUUAAUUGUAGGGUAUGGUCACGAUUUGUUAGCAGUUAUUUUGGAGUCUGGAGGCUGCACGGCAGUGCUUGAAGAAAAUUCGGGCCCAGAUAUAUUUUACGUCGAAGAGGCUCAGGACACCCUCAAGCACAUAAGGAAAAUAGGCAUCCCAAUGUUAGCAGAAAAAUGGAUUAACGCGAAUGCUAAGCCAGAAUUGAUGAUUCCUCAAAAAGAAUCAUCAUUCUUAAAGAUACCCUCGAGUAUUGCUGACAAUCUUGUUGGUCUUAUAAAAACAAACCAGUCAAAGUCUUCCAGCAUUGUGACAUCUAGUUCUGUCGCGAAAUCAGCGCACGAAAUUUCAAAUAUCGGGAAAACAAAAACUUGCGAUGAAUCGCGAUUCGACAGUCCCGUGUAUCCUUUCGAAACUUCAAGAGAUUCACCAAGCCAGGAUUCUCUGAGCCAAGUCAGUGAAAUGAGUGACCAGGCUGCACCAAUAUUGGGCAGAAGAGCUACCAGAGAAAAAGCAAACAUCACAGCAAAGACACAGUUUUCUGAUGACAGCGAUUCAGAUUUAGAAAAUAAUCAAGCAAUCUCUGACAUUAGUAAUAUCCGAGAAAAUUUGUUGAAUCAAGCAGAAUAUAUAAUUCCAAAAGUCAUAACAACAGGAGACAGGAAUUCUCUUCUCUACUAUGUACAUAUAGAUUUAUUCGAAGGUGUUUUAAUAUCAUCAAGACUGAGUCAGUUAGACAGUGAAUUUGUAUCAAAUUUAAAUAUUUAUAGUCAAAAAAUUCACAAACUUUUGAGUGAUACUAAACGAUAUAAAAAACUACUAAGCCAUGAUGCAGGCAAGUCUGUGAUAAAUAAAAGUUUGAUUGCAAUAAAAGAACAUGGAAUUCUAUUUGAAUGGGAAAAUUGUACUUAUUGGAUAGUUGGUAGAUUAUAUAAUACUCCAAGACCUAAGGAAUUGUAUAUAUGUUAUCAAGACUGUACACCUCAAAAUUUAAUUGAAUUAGCAUUUAGACUGCAAUCUCUUCGCUUUUAAUUAAU